AUGGACCCGUGUCCUUCGCCUGGUCACGGCUGUCCACAGAUCCUUCCAGCGGGGGACAUCCUGGUCGCAGCUGGAAUGGUGCGUCCGAUCACGCUGAAGGCCCGGAACCUGCCGCAGCCUCAGUCCGGGCAGAAGAACUACGAGUGUGUGUUCCACAUCCAGGGCCGGGUCCAGAGGAUCCCUGCGGUGCGGUUCAACUCCUCCUGCAUCCAGUGCCAGAACACAUCGUCUUCGUCAGGAGAAUCUAAAGUGUGUGCAGAGAGGGAGGUCUGGGCUUCAUCCACCGCCCUCUUCUCUGCCCCGCCCCCUCAGUGUGUUAGCUUAAACAAGAUGCUAACACUACAGUGA